AUGAAGCGCAUUCCAAUCAAAGAACUAAUAGUUGAGCACCCCGGAAAAGUUCUUAUCCUUGAUGGUGGACAGGGUACAGAAUUGGAAAACAGAGGCAUUAACAUAAAUAGUCCGGUAUGGUCUGCAGCUCCUUUUACGAGCGAAUCCUUUUGGGAGCCAUCUUCUCAAGAGCGAAAGGUGGUAGAAGAAAUGUACAGAGACUUUAUGAUUGCUGGCGCAAACAUAUUAAUGACAAUUACUUACCAGGCAAACUUUCAAAGCAUAUCUGAGAAUACCUCGAUUAAAACUCUGGCUGCUUACAAGCGUUUUCUCGAUAAAAUCGUGUCAUUUACUCGUGAAUUUAUUGGUGAGGAAAGGUACUUAAUCGGGAGUAUUGGCCCAUGGGCAGCACAUGUAUCCUGUGAAUAUACUGGUGACUAUGGUCCCCAUCCUGAGAAUAUUGAUUACUACGGCUUUUUCAAACCCCAGCUGGAGAACUUCAACCAAAAUAGAGAUAUUGAUCUUAUUGGUUUUGAAACGAUUCCAAAUUUUCAUGAGUUAAAGGCUAUUUUAUCCUGGGAUGAAGAUAUUAUUUCGAAGCCCUUUUAUAUUGGGUUGUCGGUGGAUGACAAUAGUUUGCUACGAGACGGUACCACUUUGGAAGAAAUUUCUGUCCAUAUAAAAGGCCUCGGAAAUAAAAUUAACAAGAAUCUCUUAUUAAUGGGAGUUAACUGUGUCAGUUUCAAUCAAUCGGCAUUAAUUCUUAAAAUGUUGCACGAGCAUCUACCUGGCAUGCCUCUGCUAGUUUACCCAAACAGUGGAGAAAUCUACAAUCCCAAAGAGAAGACAUGGCACCGGCCGACUAAUAAGUUGGAUGACUGGGAGACCACGGUUAAGAAAUUCGUUGAUAAUGGUGCGCGCAUUAUUGGCGGUUGUUGUAGAACGUCUCCUAAAGAUAUCGCCGAAAUUGCAUCAGCUGUAGAUAAAUACUCCUAA